AUGACGCCCACCGUUCUCGUCAAGGAGCGGAAGCCCACGUACCGCCUCCUUUCGCACUUGGUACCCCAUUCAAUUCAGCAAAAGUCGUCCCAGUUGUACACGCUCGCCACCCCUUGGAUCGGCCGCGACAUCGGCGCCCUGGUCCUGCUCUUGGUCUUUGUGGAUGCUCUGGCCAACAACUGGGCCAUCAACGACUUUUGCGGCAACGCGCUGCAGGGGUUCUCCAACAUGUCCAACGUGGGUCGGUGGAUGAUGUCGCUGUCCGUCGCGGAGCUGGCCACCGUCAGCGACAACGUGUACAUUCUCACCGCCGGGGCCUACCCGAUCCAGGCGGCGACCAUGAAGUACUGCGGCGGCUUGAACGGCAGCAACUCCGUGCAGUCGUGGAUGACGGCGUGA